CAGUAGCCACCACGACGCGGUCGUACGCUAGCUGCAAGUUUACACCACGGACCCUUGCGCGCGGUGCGUCCAGAGCUAGCUGCAAGUUACACAGACCAGCUCGCGGCGACCAUGGAGUUCAUCAGCGGCGAGGAGCUCGUGGUGAUGCUGGCGCCGGUGGCCGUGUACUGGUUCUACUCGGGCAUGUACGAGGCGCUAGGGAGCAGCAAGGCGCUGGACAAGUACAGGCUGCACUCGAGGAGGGACGAGGUGAUCAAAAACAUGGCGUCCAAGAAGGACGUGGUCAAGGGCGUGCUUCUGCAGCAGGCCAUCCAGGCUGCCAUCUCAGUUGCGGUGCUCAAGCUGACAGGCAGCGAGCAAGACGGCGGCAUCGAUGUCAAGUCGCCUUCGUUGUCGGCGGCAACGGCGUCGUUCCUGGACACGGUGGCCCGGUUCGCCGUGGCGAUGGUCGUGCUGGACGCGUGGCAGUACUUCAUGCACCGGCUGAUGCACUCGAGCCGGUACAUGUACCGGCGGUUCCACUCGUGGCACCACCGCGUGGUGGCGCCCUACGCGUUCGCGGCGCAGUACAACCACCCGGUGGACGGCGUGCUGACGGAGACGCUGUCGGGCGCGGCGGCCUUCCUCACCUCCGGGUUGAGCCCGCGCGCCGCCGCUGCCUUCUUCGUCUUCGCCACCGUCAAGGGGAUCGACGACCAUUGCGGGGUGCUGGUCCCGUGGAACCCGCUACACGCUGUGUUCCAGCACAACAACACGGCGUACCACGACGUGCACCACCAGCUGGGCGGCGGGCGACGCAACUUCUCGCAGCCCUUCUUCGUGGUCUGGGACCGCCUGCUGGGCACCUACACGGGGUACACCGUGGAGGAGCGCCACGGCGGCGGGCUCCAGGUCAAGAUCACCAAAGAUCAUGUCUAGUAUGCGUACGUAGUUGCACUACUUAAUCUUACGUGCUACUGUUCUAGGGAUGGUCCACCUGUUAGACAUGUACUUUGCUUGGGUGUAUGUCAAUGUUGAAUAGAGACAUAGAAGUAUGUAUGCA